GUGCAAUUUAGAAACUCGAUAGGAGGCAGCAGCUGAUCUCCCACCACCCUAAAAAUAAUCCACCCCGGCGCACGGCGUGUUUCGGCUAGGGAAGGAAACUCUGCCUUCGGAGAGUCCUGCGUCCGGGUUUGAAAUUUACAUCUUAAGACAGUCUAGGAAGCCGGUGUUUUGAAAGUAGCACAAAUGCACGCGUAGGGUUUUGAAGCAGCAUCGAGCGAUUGCCCGAGUAUAAGACUACAGGCACUCUUUCUGACUUGUCACCAUUGGAUUCCCAGUGCCUAGCACGUGGUCAGCAUCCAGAAAAAUAUUGUUCAUGACUAUUGCUAAACUCUUACUGGAAUUUCACAGUAGUAUUUUGAUGGAGCAGAUUCUUGUUCCUCUACCAUCUGUUUCAGCACAUCAAUGAGAGGGAUCCAUUUAAAAUAGUAAAUCAUAUGAGAAGAAAUGAGCCUUUCAUUUUGUGGCAACAACAUUUCUUCAUAUAAGAUCGAUGAAGGUGUAUUACAAAAUUCUUGCUUUGUGGAUGCCCUCAACCUGGUCCCUCAUGUUUUCCUGUUGUUUAUCACUUUUCCAAUAUUGUUUAUUGGGUGGGGGAGCCAAAGCUCAAAAGUACAAAUUCAUCACAAUACCUGGCUCCAUUUUCCUGGACAUAACUUGAGAUGGAUUCUCACCUUUGCUCUCCUGUUUGUGCAUGUUUGUGAAAUAGCUGAAGGCAUUGUUUCAGAUUCACGGCGGGCGUCACGGCAUCUCCACCUGUUCAUGCCAGCAGUGAUGGGGUUUGUUGCCACUACGACAUCCAUAGUAUAUUAUCAUAAUAUCGAAACUUCAAAUUUUCCCAAAUUACUUUUAGCUCUGUUUCUGUAUUGGGUAAUGGCCUUUAUUACAAAGACCAUAAAAUUGGUCAAGUACUGGCAGUUUGGCUUGGGGGUGUCCAACCUGCGUUUCUGCAUCACAGGCAUAAUGGUCAUCUUGAAUGGACUCCUCAUGGCUGUGGAGAUCAAUGUCAUUCGGGUCCGAAGAUACGUAUUCUUCAUGAAUCCUCAGAAAGUAAAGCCUCCUGAAGACCUUCAGGAUCUUGGUGUGAGAUUUCUUCAACCAUUUGUGAAUUUACUGUCGAAAGCAACAUACUGGUGGAUGAACACACUUAUCAUAUCAGCUCAUAAAAAGCCUAUUGAUCUGAAGGCAAUUGGAAAAUUACCAAUAGCAAUGAGGGCAGUAACGAAUUAUGUUUGCCUGAAAGAUGCAUAUGAAGAACAAAAGAAAAAAGUAGCAGAUCAUCCCAACCGGACUCCAUCUAUCUGGCUAGCAAUGUACAGUGCUUUUGGGCGACCAAUUCUACUUAGUAGCACGUUCCGUUAUCUGGCUGACUUGCUGGGUUUUGCGGGACCUCUCUGUAUUUCUGGAAUAGUUCAGCGUGUGAAUGAAACUCAGAAUUGGACAAAUAAUGCAAAAGAAACUUCAGAAACCCUUUCAUCAAAGGAAUUUCUUGAAAAUGCUUAUGUCCUAGCAGUUCUUCUCUUCUUGGCCCUUAUUCUGCAAAGGACAUUUUUGCAGGCUUCAUACUAUGUAACCACAGAAACUGGCAUUAACCUCCGAGGAGCCUUGCUGGCCAUGAUAUACAAUAAAAUCCUUAGACUCUCUACAUCUAACUUAUCCAUGGGUGAGAUGACCCUGGGACAGAUCAAUAACUUGGUUGCCAUUGAAACCAAUCAACUCAUGUGGUUCUUGUUCCUGUGUCCCAAUCUAUGGGCUAUGCCUGUUCAGAUCAUAAUGGGAGUGAUCCUGCUCUAUAAUUUGCUUGGAUCAAGUGCAUUGGUUGGUGCGGCUGUCAUUGUCCUCCUUGCGCCAAUUCAGUACUUCAUCGCUACAAAGUUGGCAGAGGCUCAGAAGAGCACUCUUGAUUAUUCCACUGAGAGAUUGAAGAAAACAAAUGAAAUACUGAAAGGCAUCAAACUUCUAAAGUUAUAUGCCUGGGAGCACAUUUUCUGCAAAAGUGUGGAAGAAACAAGAAUGAAAGAACUAUCCAGUCUCAAAACCUUUGCACUUUAUACAUCACUCUCCAUCUUCAUGAAUGCAGCAAUUCCCAUAGCAGCUGUUCUUGCUACGUUUGUGACCCAUGCAUAUGCCAGUGGGAACAAUCUAAAACCUGCAGAGGCCUUUGCUUCACUGUCCCUCUUUCAUAUCCUGGUCACGCCGCUGUUCCUGCUCUCUACAGUGGUCAGAUUUGCAGUCAAAGCCAUCAUAAGUGUUCAAAAGCUGAAUGAGUUUCUCUUGAGUGAUGAGAUUGGUGAUGACAGCUGGCGAACUGGGGAAGGUUCUCUUCCUUUUGAAUCCUGUAAAAAACACACAGGAGUUUCAAAAACUAUAAACAGGAAGCAGCCUGGAAGAUAUCACCUGGACAGCUAUGAGCAAUCAACACGACGUCUACGUCCUGUGGAGACAGAGGAUAUUGCAAUAAAGGUCACAAAUGGAUACUUUUCAUGGGGCAGUGGUUUAGCAACAUUGUCCAAUAUAGAUAUCCGAAUUCCAACAGGUCAGUUAACCAUGAUUGUGGGCCAAGUGGGAUGUGGGAAGUCUUCUCUUCUCCUUGCCAUCCUUGGUGAGAUGCAGACACUGGAAGGAAAAGUUUACUGGACCAAUGUAAAUGAAUCUGAACCUUCUUUUGAAGCAACCAGAAGUAGGAGCAGAUAUUCUGUGGCUUAUGCAGCUCAGAAGCCUUGGCUAUUAAAUGCUACAGUAGAAGAAAAUAUUACCUUUGGGAGUCCUUUCAACAAACAGAGGUAUAAAGCAGUCACAGAUGCCUGUUCUCUUCAGCCAGAUAUUGACUUACUACCUUUUGGAGACCAAACUGAAAUUGGAGAAAGGGGCAUCAACCUGAGUGGGGGGCAGAGGCAGAGAAUCUGUGUGGCGCGAGCUCUCUAUCAAAACACCAACAUAGUCUUCUUGGAUGACCCCUUCUCUGCCCUGGACAUCCACUUGAGUGAUCACUUAAUGCAGGAAGGGAUUUUGAAAUUUCUCCAAGAUGACAAAAGGACACUUGUUCUUGUGACUCACAAAUUACAGUAUCUUACACAUGCUGACUGGAUCAUAGCCAUGAAGGAUGGAAGUGUGCUAAGAGAAGGGACAUUGAAGGACAUUCAAACCAAAGAUGUUGAACUUUAUGAACACUGGAAGACACUUAUGAAUCGGCAAGAUCAAGAAUUAGAAAAGGAUAUGGAAGCUGACCAGACAACUUUAGAGAGGAAAACUCUCCGAAGAGCUAUGUAUUCAAGAGAGGCCAAAGCCCAAAUGGAGGAUGAAGAUGAAGAGGAAGAAGAAGAGGAAGAGGAGGAUGACAACAUGUCUACCGUAAUGAGGCUCAGGACUAAAAUGCCAUGGAAGACCUGUUGGCGGUACCUCACUUCUGGAGGAUUCAUUUUGCUCUUCCUGAUGAUUUUUUCUAAGCUUCUGAAGCAUUCAGUCAUUGUAGCUAUAGACUACUGGUUGGCCACAUGGACAUCAGAAGACAAUAUAAACAACACUGGAAAAGCUGAUGAGACCUACUACGUGGCUGGAUUCAGCAUACUUUGCGGAGCAGGUAUUUUCCUUUGCCUUGUGACAUCUCUAACUGUGGAAUGGAUGGGUCUCACAGCUGCCAAAAAUCUUCACCACAAUCUCCUUAAUAAGAUAAUUCUUGGACCAAUAAGAUUCUUUGAUACAACACCCUUGGGACUGAUUCUCAAUCGCUUUUCAGCUGAUACAAAUAUUAUUGAUCAGCAUAUCCCUCCCACUUUGGAAUCUCUAACUCGCUCAACACUGCUCUGCCUGUCUGCCAUUGGGAUGAUUUCUUAUGCUACCCCUGUGUUCCUGAUCGCCCUUGUGCCCCUUGGGGUCGCCUUUUAUUUUAUCCAGAAGUACUUCCGAGUGGCCUCUAAGGAUCUCCAGGAACUUGAUGACAGUACUCAGCUCCCUCUGCUUUGCCACUUCUCAGAAACAGCUGAAGGACUCACCACCAUUCGGGCAUUUAGGCAUGAAUCCAGAUUUAAGCAACGUAUGCUGGAACUGACGGACACAAACAACAUUGCCUACUUAUUUCUCUCAGCUGCCAACAGAUGGCUGGAGGUCAGGACGGAUUAUCUGGGAGCUUGCAUUGUCCUCACUGCAUCUAUUGCAUCCAUUAGUGGGUCUUCCAAUUCAGGAUUGGUGGGCUUAGGUCUUCUGUAUGCACUUACAAUAACCAAUUAUUUGAAUUGGGUUGUGAGGAAUUUGGCAGACUUGGAGGUCCAGAUGGGUGCAGUGAAGAAAGUGAACAGUUUCUUGACAAUGGAGUCUGAGAACUAUGAAGGCACCAUGGAUCCUUCUCAAGUUCCAGAACAUUGGCCACAGGAAGGGGAGAUCAAGAUUCAUGAUCUGUGUGUUAGAUAUGAAAAUAAUUUGAAACCCGUUCUUAAACAUGUCAAGGCCUACAUCAAACCAGGACAAAAGGUGGGCAUAUGUGGUCGCACAGGCAGUGGGAAAUCAUCUUUAUCUCUGGCUUUCUUCAGGAUGGUUGAUAUAUUUGAUGGAAAGAUUGUCAUUGAUGGGAUAGACAUUUCUAAACUACCACUGCACACGCUACGUUCUAGACUUUCAAUCAUUCUGCAAGACCCAAUACUAUUCAGUGGUUCUAUUAGAUUUAAUUUAGAUCCGGAGUGUAAAUGCACAGAUGACAGACUCUGGGAAGCUCUAGAAAUUGCUCAGCUGAAGAACAUGGUCAAAUCCCUACCAGGAGGUCUAGAUGCGGUUGUCACCGAAGGUGGGGAGAAUUUUAGCGUUGGACAGAGACAGCUGUUCUGCCUCGCUCGGGCUUUUGUUCGCAAGAGCAGCAUUCUCAUCAUGGAUGAAGCUACAGCUUCCAUUGACAUGGCCACGGAAAACAUUUUGCAGAAAGUGGUUAUGACGGCCUUCGCAGACCGCACUGUUGUUACAAUAGCUCAUCGGGUUCACACUAUUCUGACAGCAGACCUGGUUAUUGUGAUGAAGCGAGGAAACAUUUUAGAGUACGACACUCCAGAAAGCCUCUUGGCUCAGGAAGAUGGAAUAUUUGCUUCUUUUGUUCGUGCAGACAUGUGAAGGGUUAUCUUAAUAGAAUAUGUGUAUUUAAAAGUCAUAACCUACUCAAUGGAACAACUUUGGUUUUGCCUUUGAAAGUGGCAUCUUAAGCUUUUAUACAUUUUUGUAAUGUUUAUUCAUUAUGUUGUGGAACUUUGUAAUUAAUAACAAUUUCAGUUUACCAAUGAAUAAUAUAUUUCCUAUGCACAUUUUGA